UCUCCAGGUCGUGUGUGUUUUCACUUGAUAAGUGAUAACCUUUGACGCAUCUAAACGCCAAACAAUGAUAGUAACAAGUGUUUUCGUUACUAAGGUCUCCUUGCCAUGUAUUGGUCUCCAGCGCAGUUCCGUGCCUUCUGCGCAACUGUGAUCAUCUGUGCUUUGGGUUGAUGGCGCCGAGGGACGACGCGGUGGUGCCGUCCAGCCUGCCGGGGCUCAAGUACCCCACGUACAGGGACGAUGCACUCAAGUCGGGCGUGCUAUGGCUGAAAGGCAAGCAGGCGGACGAUGGCACGGAAGGGCUGUGGAGGGUGCACGACGACCUCUACGACGUGUCUUCCUUCGUGGACAAGCACCCGGGCGGCGCCGAAUGGCUACAGCUCACCAAGGGCACUGACAUCACAGAGGCGUUUGAAGCGCACCACAUCAACCCGAAGGUGGAGGUGCUGCUGAAGAAGUUCCAUGUGCGCAAGGCGACCACAGCCCGCAACUCCCCGUACUCCUUCCGCGAGGACGGCUUCUACAAGACCCUGAAGCGACGGGCCAGGGAUGUGCUGGGCGACAACUACUCCGGGGCAUCGUGGCGCUCCAUCCUCAUAGCCGAUGGCUUCGUUGCGGCCACGCUGCUGCUCGCGGUGCAAGCCGCUGCUACCGGCAGUUACCAUCUCGCCACGGCCGCCGGCAUCUUCCUCUGCUACACCACCAUCGCCGCCCACAACUUCUUUCACCAGAAGAACAACUUCAGGAUGUACUACUUUGAUCUGUCGUUGAUGUCGUCCCGAGAUUGGAGGAUCAGCCACGCAAUCAGCCAUCACUUGUACCCCAACACUGUGCUCGACUUAGAAAUUUCACUGUUCGAGCCUAUCUUUGUUUGGCGGCCUAUCUCCAAGAAUUUUAUCCAAAAGUAUGCAUCCUGGAUCUACGCCCCCUUAAUAUAUGCACUUGUAUUCUUCAUGGAAUUCAGCAAAAAGUUUCGGCUUUUUGUCCACGGACACCUGAAGUACCCACAAAAGAGGGACUUCAUCCCUCUGGUGAUUCCUGCCUGCAUGUACGUGUUCGGAGGAAGCUCUCUCGUCGACACUGUGCUGAUGUGGCUGUGGAUUGUGAUGAUUGGCAGCUUCUUGUUUGCUUCCAUCGGAUACAAUGCUGGCCAUCACCACCCAGACAUCUUCCACGAUGGUGACGCCCCCAGGGUGGACCGGGACUGGGGCCUGGGGCAGCUGGACGCGGUGCGGGACCGCAAGUGGGUCUCCUCCAACCUGCUGCUGGUGCUCACCAACUUCGGCAACCACGCGCUGCACCACAUGUUCCCCACCGUGGACCACGACAAGCUGUACGCGCUGAAGGGCGUGUUCCAGCAGACCUGCCGUGAGUUUGGCGAGGACUUCCAGCUGGCGGGCGUGUGGGAGUGCAUCCAGGGCCAGUUCCUGCAGCUGGCUCGCGUCAAGCCUCACGCCAGGGCCCCCAAGUGAGGCGCCCCUGCCCGUGCUUUCACACAACAAGCAGAGCUCAGUAACUUCUUGUUUUGUACUUUUUCCAUGUGGCUAAGGUUUCUGUUAUAUGUAUCUCGGUGUCAAUAAUUAAAAAAAAACUUAAAAAAUAAUUUGUACUUUUAGAUUUAUAAUAUUUCAAUUAAAGUGUUUUGAAUUUAUACUUUUUCAAUAAAACUUGCACUAGUCAAGGGUGUUAAAAAAUUGCUAAUACAGGGUUGCCACAAGCAUAAAAAAACCAGGAAAAGUCAGAAAAAUACAAGGAAUUUUUUUAUAACGCAAUUGAAGAAAGAUAUACUGCUUUUUGCAGAUCACUAGGCACAAUUACAAGAAAAAAAUUGCCUGUUAUCGCAAAAUUCAAUUGAUUCUUCCUUUGAAACACAGACUAAAACAAGAAAGAAAUUUUUCCGCAUAUUUAUGUAUUACCUACAUUCUAUAAUUUUAGGCGGAUUAAUAACAAUAUUUUAAAAACUUGUGUAUAUGUCUAAACUCUUAUUAAUUUGGCACUCAAAACACGGGCAAAAGAUUAUGAACCAUUAGGUAGCAGGCUGAGUGAGACUGUAUGAGUGCAGAUCAGGGCUGGCUGAUUCAAAACACAAUGGUUUAAACUAAGUGGUUUAAUUAUUUUUUUUAAUGUCAAACCACAAUGGUUUAAACCAUGGGUUAAAUCAAGUGUUUUUUUUUUUCAAGUUUUUUUUAAAUGUAUUUUUAAAUAGAAUAUAUUAAAAAAAAUUUUAAUGAAAGGGUUAAUUCCACUCUAAUAAAAACAAUAGUUUGCUCAUUAAUGUUACUUGUGAUACGGGAACAAAUAAUUAUAUAUUAAUCUAGAUCUUAUCAUUUAAAUUACCUGAAUAAGUUGUAAAUUAUACCCAGCCAAAUACUCUUCUAAAAUUAAUUAAUUAGUAAAUUGUAGUCAAAAGUGUAAAAAAUAGGAAAUAAAUAAAUUUAUUAUUUAAAACAAAAA